AUCUUUAAACGCGGACGACGACGAAAAAAAUGAGGAGCGACGGGAUCUUGGGGAUCCGAGGUUCGGACCAGAACCCAGCAACCGCUGUUGCUAAGGCAGGGGGAUGGCUGAGGACACGAGAGACGUGGCUCGUGGUUAUCGGCGUGGCUCUUCACGCGGUCUACAUGCUCAGCAUCUUCGACAUCUACUUCAAGACACCCAUCGUCCACGGCAUGGAUCCCGUGCCUCCCCGAUUCCCAGAGCCUCCGGCGAAACGGCUCAUUCUUCUUAUCUCGGAUGGUUUACGUGCUGAUAAAUUCUAUGAGCCGGACUCGAAAGGGAAAUACAGAGCACCGUUCUUGAGAAGUAUAAUAAAACACCGUGGGCGUUGGGGAGUUUCUCAUGCUCGCCCCCCGACAGAAUCCAGACCUGGGCACGUUGCUAUCAUUGCUGGAUUCUAUGAAGAUCCCAGCGCAGUUACGAAAGGAUGGAAAGCUAAUCCUGUUGAAUUUGAUUCUGUUUUUAACCGCAGCCGCCAUACAUUUGCUUUUGGUAGCCCGGACAUUGUUCCUAUUUUCUGUAGUGCCUUACCUCACAGCACCUGGAAUUCAUAUCCUCACGAGUUCGAAGACUUUGCUACUGAUGCCUCCUUUUUGGAUGAGUGGUCAUUAGAUCAAUUCCAAGGCCUUCUCAACAAGUCUCAUGAUGACCCAAAGUUGAAGGACCUCCUCCAUCAGGAUAAACUUGUUUUUUUUCUUCACCUACUUGGUUGUGACUCCAAUGGUCACGCUCAUCGACCUUACUCAUCGAUUUAUCUGAACAACGUCAAAGUUGUUGAUAGAAUAGCUGAAAGGGUCUACCAUCUUCUGGAAGAUUAUUACGGAGACAACCGCACAACGUAUGUAUUUACAGCUGAUCAUGGAAUGAGUGACAAAGGGAGUCACGGAGAUGGGCAUCCUUCAAACACAGAUACUCCAUUAGUUGCCUGGGGAGCUGGCAUCAAAUAUCCAAAGCCAACAUCCAGUGACAGUCAUUCCGAUACCGUGUCUAAAUUUGUUGACGAACAUGCGCAUGACAUGCCAACACCUCAUGGAUGGGGCCUUAGCAGUAUUGAGAGACUUGACGUUAAUCAGGCAGAUAUAGCACCACUUAUGUCAACCCUUUUAGGGUUACCAUGCCCAGUUAACUCGGUUGGGAACUUACCACUUGGCUACAUGAACUUGAAUGAGGCUGAAGAGGUUGAAGCUGUUCUUGCUAAUACAAAACAAAUCCUUAAUCAGUUUCUUCGCAAAUCACAAAUGAAAAGGGCAAACUCCUUAUAUUUCAAACCAUUCAAGCCGUUGGCCCACUAUUCAUCAUUUUUGAAUGAGAUUGAGGACAUGAUAUCUGCAAAAAAAUUUGAAGCUGCAAAGAAAUUGUCUGAAGACCUUAGAAGCUUGACGUUAGAGGGGCUCCAUUAUUUCCAAACAUACGACUGGCUGAUGCUGAUGACGGUUAUUACCCUUGGAUAUGUUGGAUGGAUGAUCGUGCUUGCUCUACAUGUGCUGCAAUCUUAUACUUCACUGCCAGGAGAUUUGUUCAAAAAGGAACAUACAUCUGUGAAGAACAAAUAUACUGGAAAAGUAUAUCUGUCAGGCUUUCUGCUGAUGGCGAUUCUCUCCUUGCUAAACUUGGUGGAGCAUUCUCCGCCUCUUUACCAUGCAUAUAUAGGAAUGACGGUAUUCUUGUGGACACAAAUUUUUAAUGAAUUCCGCUUAAUAAGAGGAAUGUGGAGAUUCGUAAGAGGGAGGAAGAUCGAGUACUUCAUCAAACUUCUGUUAACUGCAGCUGUGUCGAUAGUCAUUGUGGAAUUACUGGUUCAUAGCUUCACGGAGAGAAAGCUCUACACUUGGUUCUUCUUGAUAGCCGGUGUAGUGGCUUCAAUAUUGCUACAUAUUUCAAUCCCUUGGAGAUCUGGGAUACCAGCAUUUGUCUGUAUUUCAUGUUGGUUCCUUUCUGUUUUUACACUGAUGCCGGCUGAAAUCCCUGAUAACAAUAAUUUAGUAGUUAUAAGUGGAGCUAUUGUUAUUGCAAUAAGCUUUGCUGCAAGGUGGAUAGACAUGCAUGCAGGAGGGAAUAAGUUUUGGCAAAGUAUAACUUUUCAUGACAGCAUGAAGCCAGUGUGCUCCAUUCUAUAUUGCAUACAGGUUCUUUUGGUUGGGUUAUCAUCAGUGAUGGUGUUUCUGUCGACAAAGCACCGAACACAGAAUCAAGAACUACAUUCGUCUCAUCAGUUCAUAAACUGGUUGGUUGCUGGUCCUUCAAUGGUCCUCCCGUUGUUUUCAGAAAACAGCAUCCUAUCACGAUUAAGUUCUAUAUUUCUUGGUCUGGCACCUCCGUUCCUUCUUUUGUCUAUCGGAUAUGAAGCCGUCUUUUACAGUGCUCUUGCUUUGGUGCUUAUGGCAUGGAUACUGUUUGAAAACACUUUUCAAUAUUCUAGCAAAGUGAAAGAUAUGUCUCUGUCAGAACGAAACAUGGAAGAGCUUGUCACUAUUGGAAAUGGGGAGAGAUAUUUGCGGCUGUCUGAUGUGCGGAUUCCCUUGAUUUUUAUGGUUUUGUUCAAUGUCGCAUUCUUUGGAACUGGGAAUUUUGCAAGCAUAGCAAGUUUUGAGAUAUCAUCCGUUUACCGGUUCAUCACAAUCUUCAGCCCCUUUCUGAUGGCCGCCCUACUUAUUUUCAAGCUCUUCAUACCUUUCAUGCUUGUGAUAUGUGUUUUUAGUGCAAUAACCAAAUUACUCAGAGUCCCGCGAUUGGGUUGCUACUUUCUUGUGAUCUUGCUCUCAGACAUAAUGACCAUCCACUUUUUCUUCCUGGUAAAAAAUACCGGAAGCUGGAUGGAAAUUGGUAACAGUAUAAGCCAUUUUGGGAUUGUGAGUGCCCAAGUGGUCUUUGUGCUACUACUCUUUGCCCUCACAAACAUGUACACCAAAAGCAUCCGAGUUCAGCCACUGUCAAGUUCCACCUCUCUUAAAACCCUCUGAGAUUUUUGUCCCCGACAAAGAGUUGAUGACAAAACCAUGGUGUUCUGAGAAACUAAAAUCAGCUCCUUUGGAGAUUCCGACACUUGAUGAUGCUUUGUCCAAAGCAUUGGGCUUGGGUGUUUUUGAACGUUGAGGAAAAAGGGGGUCUUUAUUCCGUUUUGAUUGAUAGGAGCAUUAGUAACUUCUGCCUGUUCUCACAGGCCAACGUGAUUGAGUUUUUUGCUAAUGGAUGUAGAAGGAACAAUUUUGGUCGGCAGUCUGUUCGUAUUCCUUUAAUCUUAGAAGAAAUGAUUCGGAUGGGAAGGUUCUAUUUUCACGUACGUAAACUGAAUUUUGUCUUCUGAACAGGUCCCCUUAGUUAAUUCUUCUUGGCAAAGAAAUGUAGAGGAAACAAUUAUUGGA